AUGGCCCACGAUGCUAAUGCCAUACACAGGGCGCAAGUCUUUGCAGACCUGACCGCUUCGGGGUCCGUCCUCGUUGACUUCUACGCGACCUACUGUGGCCCAUGCAAGGAAGUUGCCCCGAAGAUCGGUGAUCUGAGCCAGAAGUACCCCAACGUUCGCUUCGUUCAGGUCGAUAUUGAGUUAGCAAAGGCGAUUGCUGCCCAAUACCAGAUCACAGCCAUGCCCACCUUUGUUUUGAUGAGGAACGGGAGAGAGGAUCAUCGCGUUGUUGGUCCGAAUGUCUGGCAUCUUGAGCAGUGGCUGCAAACGCAGCCUGCAUAA